AUGGAACGCACUUCAAAGAUCCCCCAAGAGUACGUUGAAGAUGUCGCAAACUUUUUAGAUCAAGAGAAAUACGAAGAUUGCAGAGAGUACUUAAUCAAGCAUUAUAAGUUAAUAGAUCGGAAAGUAGCCGAUGGCCUUUUCGAAGAUUCUCUAACCACUUUUGUUGAGUAUCCUCCACAGUACGGCGCACGUAUGGUUCGUUGCUCACAGAUUUUGACUUACCUUUGCGACAUCAAAGAAGCUACACAUGGGCAACAAGACAUCACCCUCUUCUUCUAUCGACUC